GUUCUCUGCCAUAUUUGGCAUUUUAUUCCUUUUUCACUGCUUGCACUGAAAUAUAGAAGCAAACGCUGUGGUUGUUUGUUGUUGCAGAGAGUGUAUGACGAAGAAGUGGAAGAAGCAGCUAAACCAGAGAGCGGAGGGAAACCAGUUGAGCCGGAGAGAACACGAGAGCAAAAGGAGGCAGAGUUGAUCCCCAAGGUCCAAGAAGCUGUGCGCCAAGGGCUGAGUGUGCUGGACUCUGCCUUCGAGCAGCUGGAUAUAAAAGCUGGAAACUCUGACUCUGAGGAUGAAGAAACGAAUGAACGAGUUGAACAUCUAUUGGAACCCAAGGACUUAUACAUUGAUAGGCCGUUGCCAUACAUCAUUGGCUCACAGCAGUUUAUGGAGGAAGAGGAUGUCGGCUUAGGUGAUCUCUCCAGUGAAGAGUCUGUGGACAGUGAACAUGGCAGUGUUAUUGAAAGUGAGGAGGAAAAAGAGGAGUCUGGGGUUGAUUCUGCAGAAGAAAGCGAAGAGGAUGAGCAGAAACUGUCAAAGUCAGUCCAAAAACAGCGGCAGAUCAGUGAGGAUGAAGAUGAUGAUUCUGACCUAUUUCAUGAGUCUGAAAAGGAAGAGGAUGUUGAAGACUUGACAAUCACGAAAAAGUUGGGACAGACUUCCUUUGCAGAAGAAUUAGCCGCACGAAUUCAAGGAGAAAGCACGGAGAAACAACGUGAACAGAGUGCAUCUUUGACCUCGGGGGUUUCGGCACGGAACAAUCGAGUAAAGACCAAAACAGAAGCUCAAAAAGCUAAAGGUCAAGAAGAUGAAGAGAACUUAUUCACAUCUCAGAUUGCUGAUGAAGAUGAUGAUUUCUCUCCAUUUCGCAGCAAAAGUGGCCUGUUCAGUGGGGGGAAAGGUCUCUUUGAUGACGAUGAGGGUGACCUUUUUGCUGAGGCACCACAAGAGGAACUCAACAAAGGGAAGGAAGUCAAACCAGCUGUUUUUGAACCUGCUGCAAGAAAAUCUGGGAAAAAAGUACCAGUUGGAGCAGUUUCUAUUUAUCCGGAUGGAGAUUUAUUUGCUGCCAGUGUGAUUUCUGAGACGGCACGCAGCAAGAAAGCAAAACAAAAGCCAGUAGACACUGGAGGGCUGUUCGAUGACGAGGAAGAUGAUUUAUUUGGAUCAACUGUGGAAACCUCAGGAGCCGCUAAAACUGAAAGCAAGCUGGCCACAAGUCUCUUUGAUGACAGUGAGGACAGUGGGCUCUUUGAAACAAGUGUAACGCCAAAACCAGUCAAAGGGAAAUCAGGAAGACAGCAG